AUGUCCUCCAAAGCCUCCACUAAGAGUGCAGCGAUGGAGGAAACGGUGAUCUGGGAACAGCACACGGUGACUCUUCACAGGGCACCUGGAUUUGGGUUUGGUAUUGCCAUUUCUGGCGGUAGAGACAACCCUCAUUUUCAAAGUGGUGAGACGUCCAUAGUCAUUUCCGAUGUCUUAAAAGGAGGCCCCGCUGAAGGACUGCUACUGGAAAAUGAUCGUGUGGUAAUGGUGAAUGCUGUUUCGAUGGAUAAUGUAGAACAUUCCUAUGCUGUACAACAGCUUCGAAAGAGUGGGAAGAAUGCAAAAAUAACGAUCAGAAGGAAGAGGAAAGUGCAGAUCCCCGUGUCGCGGACAGGAGACAGGGAGACUAUGUCAGAGCACGAGGAAGACUCCGAUGAAGAAGCCUAUGACCAGCGUGAUGGUCCAAGUGCCUACGGCGCCAGUGGAGGCACAGGGCGGCGGCCCGAGCGCAGACGGGACCGUAGUGCGUCCAGAGAGCGCAGUGUCUCCCCGCGCUCUGACCGCAGGUCCCAGGCCUCCUCUGCCCCUCCCCGCCCCGGGAAAGUCACCCUCGUCAAGUCACGCAAAAACGAAGAAUAUGGACUACGGUUAGCAAGUCACAUUUUUGUGAAGGAUAUUUCUCCUGAGAGCCUUGCAGCUAGAGAUGGGCACAUACAGGAGGGAGAUGUCGUACUGAAGAUAAAUGGCACAGUUACAGAGAACUUAUCGCUGAUAGAUGCCAAGAAGCUCAUUGAGAGGUCAAAAGGUAAACUGAAGAUGGUGGUUCAGCGAGACGACAGAGCCACUCUGCUCAACAUUCCCGACCUGGACGACAGCAUCCCGUCAGCAAACAACUCCGAUAGAGAUGACAUUUCAGAAAUCCACUCAAUAACGUCAGACCAUUCCAAUCGAUCUCCGGGAAGAGGUCGUUCUCGCUCCCCUGACAGACCGGAGCCAUCAGACCCCCUCCGCCUCUCGCCUCGACCCAUCAGCAACGGCAGCCACAGGAGUCGAGAUGAGGAGCGUGUAUCUAAACCAGGGCUGAUGUCCACGCCUGUCAAAAGCUCCGAUGAUGGCGCCCUGUCCCAGACCAGUGACCAGACCAGUGACCAGGCCAGCUCCAGCGGCUUACCUCCCCUCCCUGAACCAAAGCCGGUGUAUGCACAGCCUGGUCAGCCUGAUGUCGACCUCCCCGUCAGUCCCACAGACGCCCCGGUCCCCAGCGCUGCCCAUGACGACAGUAUUCUCAGGCCGAGUAUGAAGCUGGUGAAGUUCAAGAAGGGAGAGAGCGUUGGUCUGAGACUCGCUGGAGGUAACGACGUGGGGAUCUUUGUAGCAGGAGUUCUGGAAGACAGUCCCGCCGCCAAAGAGGGACUGGAGGAGGGAGACCAAAUCCUCAGGGUCAACAAUGUGGACUUUGCCAACAUUAUUAGAGAAGAGGCUGUGCUGUUUCUGCUGGAUCUCCCGAGAGGAGACGAAGUCACAAUUCUGGCCCAGAAGAAAAAGGAUGUGUAUCGGAGGAUAGUGGAGUCAGAUGUGGGCGAUUCUUUCUACAUUCGCACACAUUUUGAAUAUGAGAAGGAGUCCCCUUACGGCCUGAGCUUCAAUAAAGGAGAGGUCUUCCGGGUGGUGGACACUUUGUAUAACGGUAAACUGGGAUCCUGGCUCGCCAUCCGCAUCGGAAAGAACCACCAGGAAGUAGAACGAGGCAUCAUUCCGAACAAGAACCGCGCUGAACAGCUGUCCAGUGUCCAGUACACUCUGCCCAAAACAGCAGGAGGCGACAGGGCCGACUUCUGGAGAUUUCGUGGGUUGAGAAGUUCCAAAAGAAACUUGCGCAAAAGCAGAGAAGACCUGUCGGCCCAGCCUGUUCAGACCAAGUUUCCUGCGUACGAGAGAGUAGUGCUCAGGGAAGCUGGUUUCCUCCGGCCUGUGGUCCUUUUUGGGCCCAUUGCAGAUGUGGCCAGAGAGAAAUUGGCCCGAGAAGAACCAGAGGCGUUUGAACUAGCGAAAACACAGCAACAACAAGGAGGGGAAAAAAGCGAGCCUCGAGACGCUGGGACGGACACCAAGAGCUCCGGCAUCAUCCGCCUGCACACCAUCAAGCAGAUAAUCGACAGAGAUAAACAUGCGGUUCUGGACAUCACUCCUAACGCAGUUGACCGCCUGAAUUAUGCCCAGUGGUAUCCCAUAGUUGUGUUUCUGAACCCAGACACUAAACAGGGCGUUAAAACCAUGAGGACUCGCCUCUCUCCCGAGUCGAGGAAGAGCGCACGGAAACUGUACGAACGAGCUCUGAAGUUACGGAAGAAUAAUCAUCACCUUUUCACCACGACCAUUAACUUAAACAAUAUGAACGACGGCUGGUUUGGAGCUCUCAAAGAAAUAAUCCAGCAGCAGCAGAACCAGCUGGUCUGGGUCUCUGAGGGCAAGGCGGACGGAGCAGGGGACGAUGAUCUUGAUAUCCAUGACGACCGGCUGUCGUACCUGUCUGCCCCGGGCAGCGAGUACUCCAUGUACAGCACCGACAGCCGCCACACGUCCGACUACGAAGACACGGACACCGAGGGCGGAGCCUACACUGACCAGGAGCUGGACGAGACGCUGAACGAUGACGUGGGCCCUCUAGCCGAAUCCGCCAUCACGCGCUCCUCUGAGCCGGUGCGAGACGAGCCGCCUGUGAUCCAGGAGCCCCAGGCGUACGCCAGCUUCCCCCUCCAGCCAGACGCCCUGAACCGCAUCGACCCGGCCGGGUUCAAGGCACCAGCGCCGCAGCAGAAAGCAGAGGCCGCCGUCCCUAGCCUCCCUCAGCAGCCUGAGACCGCGCCCCCUGCUGUUGAUGUUACUGUAAAAACUAUAGGGGUUGUGAGCACAGACCAGGCUCCUGCAGCUCCUCUCAGCCAGCACAGCCCAGAGGCAGGCUCUCUUAGGAGGCCCACCCCCGAGCUAGCGCCCCCUGCUGUCCCUCCAGAGCCUCUGCAGCCUGAACUCAGUUCUGACCCAAAGACGACAGUGAAAGAUCCGUAUAGUGACAACAUGGGACGUGGGAGUCAAGGCAUGAAACCUGCGAGCUACAGCUCCCCUCAGGGCUACCACCUCGACCAGCCUUACAGAGAUUAUGACCACCCGCCCAGUCGCUAUGACGCAGGAGGGGGCUACACUGAGCCAAAGUACAAGAACUAUGAUGCACCAUAUGAGAACAACGUGCCUCAUUACGACCAGCAGCAGUGGAACCCUUACUCUAACUCCCAGAGCUUUGACCGCUUGCCCUACGCUGACGAGCCCAUCGACCAGUACACCCCCCCAAUCCGCUACGAUGAGCCCCCUCCUCCACAGCCUUACGACGGGCGGCCUCGCUAUGGCAAACCCACCGGACCUCCACCUGUGCGCUUCAACGAAGCUCCUCUUGCAUCCCACGAGGUGCACUACGACCCAGACCCUCAGCUGAACUCUUACCCCUCGGCCCGCUCCCCAGAGCCCGCCUCACAAAGACACAACUAUAACCAGCCGCAGCAGAAAAGCUUCAAACCGCAGUCGUAUGACAGCUCUCCAGUGAACUCCAGCCCCACACCCCCCCUGAAGAUUGAGAGCCCCUCACCGGCUCCUGUGGAGACCCCUAAACCCGCAUUCACCAGAGAUGGCAGACCAGAGGAAGACCCAGCCCUGAAACACCAGUCUGUCCUGACCAGAGUCAAGAUGUUUGAGAACAAGCGCUCUGUGUCUGUGGACCGGGUCAGAGAUGCAGCAGAGCCAGUUGCCAAUAAGACUGCUGGAGUCAUCCCCAAAGCCAACUCUUUGAGUAACCUGGACCAAGACAAGCCCUACAGAGCACCAGAGCCACAGAAGCCUCAAUCUCAAGUCGAUAACAUUGUCCGAUCCAACCAUUACAAUCCUGAUGAGGACGAGGACUACUAUAGAAAACAGCUGUCUUACUUCGACAGACUUCAGACUGGUCCCAGUAAACCACAAGCACAAACAAACAACUUUUCAAGGACUGAAUCGGUAGAAAAGAGAUAUGACUCAGUCCCCCAGGUGACUCCUUUGUUGCCACCAGCCACACUGCCCAAACCUGCACCAGAAGUGAAGCCAGCUGCCGGCAGAGAGGACACGGUGCAGACUAACUUCUUGCCUCAUAAGAGUUUCCCAGAGAAGUCCCCUGUCAACGGCACAAGUGACCAGCACACAAAAACAGCCUCGAGCUCCGCCGCACCAGCCUCCAGCUACAACCGCUACGUGCCCAAGCCUUACACCACCUCAGCCAGGCCUUUCGAACGCAAGUUUGACAGCCCCAAGUUCAACCACAACCUCCUGCCCAACGACAAGCUCGACAUCACUUCCAAGGUCCAGAGCACAAGUCCAAUAAAACCUCAGAUUUCACCACAGCCUCACAACACGGAUCACGACAGCGGCGUGGACACGUUCACUCGCACCAUCGACCACCGCCCCAAAUACCUGCAAAACGAUGUCAAUGCUGUGCCCAAAGCCAUCCCCGUCAGCCCCAGUGCUUUAGACGACGAGGAGGAGGAGGACGAGGGGCACACGGUGGUGGCCACGGCCAGAGGGAUCUUCAACAGUAACGGAGGCGUCCUGAGCUCCAUCGAGACAGGCGUCAGCAUCAUUAUCCCUCAAGGUGCCAUCCCUGACGGUGUGGAGCAGGAAAUCUACUUCAAAGUGUGCCGCGACAACAGCAUCCUGCCGCCGCUCGACAAAGAGAAAGGGGAGACCCUGCUUAGCCCGCUGGUCAUGUGUGGACCCCACGGGCUGAAGUUCCAGAAGCCGGUGGAGCUGCGCUUACCUCACUGUGCGUCUAUGACCCCUGAUGGUUGGUCUUUUGCUCUAAAAUCCUCCGACUCCUCGUCGGGUGAUCCAAAGAGCUGGCAGAACAAGGCUCUCCCCGGGGACCCCAACUAUCUAGUGGGGGCCAACUGUGUGUCUGUGCUCAUUGAUCACUUUUAG